UUUGUUACCAGAGGUGGCGUGUGUAAUGCAGCAAUGGCGAUGAAGGCGGCGCUGCUCUGCGCUGCGUUCCUUCUGCAUCACGCGAGUGGUGAGCUCCAAGGCAGAUGUCCAGCGGAAGACGGGCCGUGUCCUGCGCGCGCAUCGCCUUGCGGCAGCGACGAUGAUUGCGGGGAGCAAAUAUGUUGCAGCACUACGUGCGGACGCGCAUGCGUCGACCCGCUAUAUACAGGCUGUGAGAACGUAAGACUGUCAUCGGAGAGGAUAUCGCGAGCGCUGGCAGCGGAGAACAGCCGCGGUGGGCGCGGACUUCUGAAGUCUGUGCGUUCCCCUCGCUGUCGGACCUCUGACGGGGAAUUCGAGGAGAUACAGUGCGACAACGAGAUAGUCAGCUCAUGCUGGUGCGUCGACGCCACUGGAUUCGAGGUGCCCGGCACCCGAGCUCCGGCGGCCGGGCUAGUCAACUGCACCCGCGUAUCAUCAUGCGCGGCGCACACCUGCCGUAUGCUGUGUCCACUCGGCUUUGAGCUGGACCCACGUGGCUGCCCCCUAUGCAAAUGCCGUGACCCCUGCACGUCUAUUACUUGCCCCGGACAACUCUCGUGUCAGCUGGAAGAGACACCGUGCUUGAGACCGCCUUGCCCUCCCGUGCCUACAUGCAAAAGAGGUCGUAGUCUACAGAACAUUUGUCCAGCGGGAGAACCUCUGCUGAUAUCUGAAACCAGUCGCCCGUUCCUCUGCGGCACGGACCCAGGAAAACCAAACUGUCCACCGCUUUACAGAUGCCUUGUUGAGUCAGGAAACGAUUACGGCGUCUGCUGUCCAGCAUCUCUGGAACUGCAGAAAGCAGGCACAUGCCCAGCGCCGGACAGUGAGGAGGUAGAAUGUGGUACUCCUUGCGCGCACGACUUGGAAUGUCCUUCGAUGCAGAAAUGCUGCGACGGUGGAGAGUGUGGGAGACACUGCACGUUACCGCACAAUGUGACGAUGUGCACGCAACAGAAGAUGUUGGCUGAACUGCUCGUCGUGAGCGAGAGGGAAGGGAAGGGAUAUGUUCCGCAGUGCGCUAGCGACGGCUCGUUCCAGUCCAGGCAGUGCUCCCGGAAUGGACUGGUUUGCUGGUGCGUGGACUCUGAAGGUAACAAGCUGCGUGGCUCCAUGGGUCCGUCUCCGGGUGUGCAUUGCUCCCCCUCUCCCCGACCCGCCCGCUCCGGCGCCCGCAGUCUCACAACCUGCAGCCGUGCCUUAUGCGCCGGCGUCUGUGAAUAUGGCUACAAAACCGGCGCCGACGGCUGCCCCACUUGCGAGUGCGACGACCCCUGCGCUGGCUUCCCUUGUCCCGAAGGCGAAGAAUGCGUGCGAGUCAGAGACGCAGAGUGCUCUGGGGAGCUGUGUACUGGAUAUCCUGUCUGCAGACCGAAGGUGUCAUACGAGAAUCCUUGCGAGGUGGGCGUGCCAGCGACGGACGAGGAAGGCAGUGUUAUUGGCUGCGGCGCCGACCCGGACUGUCCCGGAGGCCACUCAUGUACCAGAGCCCGACGCAGUGGCAUCGCCGUCUGUUGUCCAGAGAGCUACUUGGACAACUCGACCGAUGCAGAAUCUAUAGAGUUGAACUUAAACUCGUGUAGCGUAGAAGCCGAAGCCCUCUGCGAGUUGAACACCACAAUGACUUGUGCGGAAGGCACGUGUGACAAUGACCUGGUCUGCUGCUCUGCCAACUGCGGCCCCAUAUGUGUGGACGCCGCCAAGAUGCGGCUACAAACCGACAGAGUCGAUGAUACCCCUACAAUGUGCGAAUACCUGCGAGAUUUCGACGAGAAGAUGGAGGGAACCGUGGACGGUAUGAAGCUAGCUCUGCCGGCGCCGUCGUGCCGCGCGGACGGCGCUUUCAUUCCGCAGCAGUGCGCCGGCGGCCGCUGCUGGUGCGUCGACUCCUUCGGCACGGAGAUACCGGAGACCAGUACGAACAACGCCUCCUCUGUGGACUGUGACAAAGUGCGCGAGGAGCUAGCCUGCCUCGACCUAACGUGCCGAAUGGGCUGCGACUACGGGUUCGAGCUGGGCCCAGGCCGUUGCCCCACGUGCCGGUGCCGGGACCCGUGCGCCGGCGUGGCGUGCCCCAAGGACCGCACCUGCGCCCUCGUCGACGUUGCCUGCGAUGCGGACUAUUGCCCACCUGUGCCUGCAUGUCUCCCUAAGAAACCAGGACAAUGUCCGUAUCUGGUUCCGUCGACGGGCGCGUGCGAGUGGUCGUGCCGCAGCGACGCGGAGUGCGGCGCCGGCGAGCGAUGCUGUGCCACUGGCUGCGGCACCGCCUGCACUAAGACCGAGCACCAGACCGCCUGCCAGCAGAGGAGGGCUCUAGCGCUACACAUGGCGGCGGAGAGUGGCAGUCCACCAGCAUGGACUUGGGUGCCGACUUGCAGAAAUGACGGAACUUACGAAACAGUUCAAUGCAAGGGAACGGAUAAAGCGUGCUGGUGCGUCGAUCCUGCUGGAAAUGAGAUUGCCGGCACCCGGACGACGAAUUCCACCCCGUCCUGCGAUGCGCCAGCGCAAUGCCCCGACGCUGGCUGCAACGACGAAGUGGUCUGCGCUCACGGAAGACAACUAGACAGUGAGGGUUGCCCCACGUGCGAGUGUAGAGACCCCUGCGCGGAGGCCAAGUGCAGGGACGACGAAACCUGCGAACUGGUGCCCUUGGAAUGCGAUGGUGAGCUAUGCCCGCCACUAGCCCGUUGUGCGCCAUCACCCGCGUGCCCUGACGGCGGGCAACCACUGCAAGUGCCAGGUUCAGGCGGCGCCACCGCUCCGCUGACGUGCGGCCCGCGCGCCGCCGCCUGCCCCUCCACGCACGCGUGCCGGUUCGCACCGCACGACUCCACGCCUGCCGUGUGCUGCCCCAAGCCACGCACCGUUUGUUUCGAGAGCAAGGACGAGGGCUCUUGUUCCAACAGUGAGGGUCUGAACGCGACCCGAUGGCAUUUUAACCGCGAACGCAACCGCUGCGAGAGGUUCCGCUACCAAGGUUGUUCAGGGAACCACAACAACUUCCGCACCAAGGAGGAGUGCAAUGCCGUCUGUCCCGUCCAUGACGGGGAAAACGCCAAAUUAUUUCGGAAGAAGACACCGAAUCCAAAAGAAGAAGUGCUGAGUCCUUGCGAAAGGCUACGGGAGAAGAACGAAGCAGCUGCCCAGAAGUACGGAAAAGGCACCUUCAUACCGAUAUGCGAUGAAAGUGGCGCUUGGGAACCUGUGCAGUGCAUGUCACAUAUUGACGUGUGUUGGUGCGUGAGCGCUCGUGGUGAACCCCUUAAAGGCUCCUUAGUUCGCGGCGCUAAGCCCACAUGCAACUUUAGACAAGCAAGGAAGUGGGUCCGACGAGACCCUCUCGACGAACGAGCCCGUGCCGAUGAAGUUCUAGAGGAACUUAUAAGACAAAUGACAGCUUAUCGUAUGGAUGAUUUCCACGACGACGAUGAUGAUUUAGAUACCAUAGAUCUUGAACCGGAAGCAAGAGAGCCAGUAGCAAAUGAUCCCAAGGAAAAGGAGAAAGAAGUGAACGACGACGCGGCAGUACUAUCCGAAAUUGUGGAGCCAAGGGUAGCAGAGGUUACUAAGAAGUCGAACGAUGUGGAAGUGAAAACUGAAAAGAGCUUGUUCAAAACCAAAUGCCAACUGAUGCAGGAGGAAAGUGAAAAUGGUGGCGAUGGGCCCAGACCCCGUUGUUUGUCGGACGGGUCGUUCGCAGCGCGGCAAUGUUCCCGCGGCCGCUGCUGGUGCGUAGACGCGGCGGGCCAGCGGCGGACGCACACGGGUGCCGUGCCCGACCUGCCCGCGCCGGACCCGUGCGAACUUACGCAAAUCGAGUCAGCGUUGCUCGAACUGGAGUUGGUUGGGGUAGACAGCCCAGUAGCUGAACGGGCACGGUCCGCACUCAGCACUCGUUUAUCGUCGCUGGGGGCUCGGGUCCCCGUCACCUUAUCUAAGGAGAAGGGCAUGGUGAAAUUGAAGGCGACACUCACGGGACCAAGAGCUGUGGACGUCGUUUACCAUAUCGAGAACCUGGUGAAGCAGGAGAAGCUGGCUGGCUCGAACAGGAACAGCGAUGAUACUUCAACCCUGGGAGCAGACGUGAUCCGCAGCGAAUACCGGCUCGCGAGCCUCCCGCCCGCACUGCAGCAGCGCGAGAUCCUCACCGAGUCCACUGUGUCAGCUGCGACGUCUUACCACACCGCGCUGAUCGUGCUGGCGGCGACGUCUGCUUUCAUCAUCAGCGUGUUAUGCGUCCUCGUCAUGCUAUAUAGAGCACGGCUUCAGCGAGAACCUCACAAAGCGGAGAGGUUCCUUCCCCCCGCCCCUCCAGUCUACGUCCUCUCCGCUGACGAGAAAGCGGAACUAGCUAGGGUUCUACACGCCCCUCCGCCCCCCGUGCCCCCUCAGAACUCAGACGACAACGCGAGAGUAUAACUCCUAUAAAGCUUUUACGUUACUUAAAUAUAGUACAGGUAAUUAGGGUCCAAUUUAACCACUAGUUUUGGGUAACGUAGACGCGGGUUAUGUCGACAUGGUCCUUCGAGCCAGAUACGGGAACUGAUAGUGAGUGAAAAUGCCUUUGUUUGGAAAUAAACAGAUUUAUAUUCUCAUUUUUUUGUAACAAGUUCCGAGUCAGAUUGUAAAUUAGCAUCAAAUUGCUUAUUAUAUAUAAUAAUUCAAGU